UAAAAAGGAAAAGACCCAGGAAAGAACCAGUUGCUCCGUGGAGCAGUCCUCCUGGUCCGCUGCUUCUGACGGAUCCCACCUUUCCCAGGUGAUUUUCUGAGACAUGCACACCCAUGCUCAGCCCUUAAGGCUCCUAAAAUGCGUCUCCCAUGAAAAUGAUUCGCGGAACCACUUCGCGGCUAUUAUAACCCUGAAUGUCUGGUCCCCCUUCCCCCCGGCGGCCUCCGUGUGCACGAUCGUCCCUCGGGGUCGCCCCGCGACAGCGCCGCCUGGGGCACCCCCUCCGCCCUCCUGGCCGCAAGCGCUGCUUCCGCGGGUUCGACCCCUGCGUCGGCUUCUCACGACCGCCUUCUCCUCGGUCCCCACCGAGUCCGAAGCACAAAUGUCGGCAACUCCCGGGAGCGGCCAGGCAGCGGGGGUGGGGGCGCGACCCGGGGAGAUCGCGGCGGGACGCGGGACCGCAGUGCUUUUAGAGCCACCCCGGCCCGGCAGUGGGCCCCCCGCUCCUCUCGGGGGGGCUGCGGCUCGCCUCCUAGACGCCUCCGGUCUCCCCGUUUCCAGGAACAGAAGUCCCGCCGCCGCGCGCGGGUCCCAGGGGCGCGUGACGCGGUUUAUUGUGGCAACGGGUCCCGGCAGCUGCCCAGGCUGACGUUGGUGCGACUGAUUCCAGGGGGACCUGCAGCCCUCAGAUGGAAGCUGUCCUGCCCAGGGACACUGUGAGCAGCCCCAAAGGUUUGGAAAAACAAGCCCAGCUGGGAAGCUUGCCCGGAACCAUUCUGGAAAGUUCCCCAUCUCUUAGUGAAAGAAAUGGAAGAGUAAAUUCAGUCCUAGGGACCGGCGGACCGGUCCGUAAGCCCCAAGCCCUGGGGAAUGGAGAGCGACCAAAGUCGUCAGACAUCCUGGAGGAAUUAAUUGUUCAAGGAAUAAUACAGAGCCACAGCAAAGGAUCUAGAAACGGAGAAUCAGAUGAUAUCAUGGUAGACACGGCCAAGGCACCGCUGAGAAAGCCACCAGCCAGGCUGGAAAAACUUAAGAUCGACAACGAGGCGAAGGCCUUCCCACGGAAGGUCAGAGCAGAGAGGCAGUGGGCGGUGGAGCCGGGGAGGAAGGCACCCCAGCUCCUGCAGGAGACCAAAGAAGAAGUAGAAAGGCUGCGGGGUGACGGGCGCCGGCCCCCAGGUAGCCCUUCGGGUCCUGCUGGAGCGGGCGGCGCUGAGCAUCCUCUUUCCAAAGGACCCCAGGCCGGGCGCGGACCUGCUGACCCCCAGGACGGGAAGCCUCUGAGAAGGGAGGCGAGCCGGGGGGCUGCCGCGUCAAGGGCUAGAAACUUCAGUUACGGCGGAAUCGGGGCUGUGGAGUCAGACGAGUCCUACAACCGGGCAGACGACGAAUUCUAAUAAGCCGUCUUACGUGGAUUUUGUGAAAAGGCGUCACUCCGCCCUGGGGGCAUUCUGAGUCUCUCCUGUCUCCUGUCUCCUGCCUGCAGCCCCCCGGGAUUUGCCUUCGGUUUGGGAACAAUUGCGGGGCUGAACGGGCUGGAGAUGCGUUAGGUAGCUUCAAUGUCCCCGCGAGCUUUGAACUUGACCAGCUUCAAGGUUAGGAAGUUGGCAUUCUCCUUCAACGCGGAUUUAAACACAGUGAUGAAGACGUGUUUCAUUUACAAGUUCCUUCCAAUUUAAUGUGUUUAUGCCAAAUAGAAUCCUUCUUUCGUGCUUCUGUCCAUUGGCUGUGCCCACCCGAGAGGGUCCUUUGAGACAAAUUGCAUGGACUUGUAUUAAGCGUUUUAAUGAUCUGUAUGCUUCCUAUGCUGUAUUUUUAGUUUUCUUCGUUAAUUCUCUGUGUGUUGUGAAGGCUGAAGGCACUGUCUUGAAGUCAGUUCAAUUACAGUUUCAUCCAUAUAGCUUUAGGAAGCGAUAGCCGGUCUGAGAAUUAAAUAUAGAGUUUUCUUCAUAUGAAAAACGAAAACUUCAACUAGGUCUAGGGGCGGAAGCAGGUCCAGGGGAGGGGGUAGGCUGGGAGGGGGCCCUAAUGCCAGUGCCUGAGGCCAAAGGACACCAGGCUGCACGUGCUGAGCCGCAGGACGGGACGCUGCUGAGAAGAGAGGCGAGUCGGGGGGCUGCCACGCCAAAGGCCAGCUCCCUGGGGGCUCUCUGAGCUGAGGACUUGGCUGGCCUCCGUUUUAUCGGAGUUAUGCUCUGGUUCUUUCCUCUCCCUCCCCGCCCACAUUCACUCAGUUACCAGGUCUGACCAGUCUACAUUCUAAAGACCUCUUGCACCCAUUGGCAUACUUUUUUCCGGCCACUACCUUGUUUGGACCACCCUGCCAUCAUUCAGCCGAUUACUCCAACACUUCCCCUGUCUUCCUGCAACAGCCCCUCUGCAUAAGACCCUUUGGGGGCCCCUUGUAUUGCCAAGGAAAAGUCCGGACUCCUUUUGUGACUGGAAAGGAUCUCAGCCUCCCGGGUCGCCCUUACUGAACUUCCGGCUCCUCAAACUCGCCCACUUUCCCCAGCCAAUGAGUUUUGCACAUGCUGCCCCCUCUGACCCUCUUCUUGGGCUGACUAAUGCCCUCUUGUUCAUGUCUCCACCUAGCCCACCUUCUCUGAAGCCCUGGUCUGGGUUGGUGCCCUCUCUCUGGCACACCAGGCCCCUCAUCGUGGCACUGCCACCCAUUCUGGAUGGCCUGCUGUGUUUUCCUUGUCACCACUAGAUAUUUCAGGUCUACUAGGGCAGGAGAUGAAUCUGUCUUGUUCGUGGUUGCAUUUUUUGUACUUUGAAAAGUGAAUGGCACGUAAUAAGUGCUGUGUAAACAUUUCUUCAGUGCAUGAAUUGAUGUGCCUGGGCAUCUUGCGGAAGCAGGAGGGCAGCCCCAGGAGACGGCGUGUUUUUCUGGGAACCAGGGGCUGGGGCCAAGCUGGUCUGACAGGAGAACCACACGUGAGCAGCAAGAUAUUUCUCAUUCAGCCAAUGGAGAUUAUCUUGUGGUGGCAUGUGCCAAUCUUACAGAAUAUUAAAGUAGCUAAAAAGAUUGCACUAGGACACUUAGGCAAAGAUUUGGGUUAUCAUUCAGAUUUCUGCAAAUAAUAAAACUUAAAUGACUAAAAAAAUACUUUAAAUGCAAACUUAUAAUAACCAUUGUAAAUUAAGUGCCCAAAUUUGAUAAAUACCUAAAUAAUACUUUCUGUUGAAAUCUUGUGCUCUUGCCUAUGUUACAUAUAGCGGUUUGGAUAUGCUUGUUGAGUCAAAAUUUAUAUAGUAUAGAUGUGAAAUUAUUGUGAACACCCUGGCUUGAAAGCCACUCUGUGUAUAUAGAGUUAAACAUGCCGAAGGGUGACACACCCUGAAUGACAAGCUUGUAUUUUCUUAACAGGACCGUCCACUUUAACAGGAAGGGAAGGGAGAUGAUGAGUUGUAGAACCCUUGGAUACCAGAAACAGCUCCAAAUCUCUGAGUAUGUCACACUCACAAAUACCAUCUGAGCAUUAGGGACAGAGAAGUGGGGGCUCACAGACUGAAGCAGCUUCGCAGAGCUUAGCAUUCACCGAGCUGAAGCUUGUGUUUGAACUUGCACGAGCUACCAGCCCCAUCUCUGGGACAUUUCUUUUUUAACUUCAAAUGUAAAUGUGACUUUUUUCCGUGAUCACCUUUCUUUUCCUUUUUCUUAAAGGAUGAUUAUUACUAAAGAGUAAUGGAAAAGAAAAUUCUAAAAUACAGCCUCUGGGAUCAUGCUAAUUUUAUGUGUUGAAAUAACAUAAUUGGUUUUCUCAUUCUUAAAACAUAAAGUUUUGAACAGCCACCAGGGUAUGUCAACUAAAACUCAAACUACAACCUCCAGGAAGUUAUGAGUCAGAAAAACAAGAUUAGGUAAAUGUCUCUAUAAACAUUGUAACUGGGGACCACUGAAAAAUGCCUGCACAGAGUUUUUGGGGAAAGAUGGCUUUGCUGUGUCUAAUAGAAGAUAUUUUAAUAUCUAGGAACUCCUCCAGGAUUUUUUGUGGGGUAGGUGGGAAGCCUUACAGAUGACUCACAUUUAAAAUAAUAUUUUAAAGGUGAAUUGAAAAUGAUUCCACAUAUAUUUAAAUUACUACACGUUGUAAAACUCUUACAUUAGCAAAAGUAAUUUUGCAAUCCCAGGGACGGACAAAAAUAGAACUUAUCAUAGAGUGUUGCUAUAGUGACUACCAGCAAUUUAUGACCGUGCCUAUCUCUGUGUCUGUUAUUCCAUUAUCAGUAAGUAGCUAGUAUUUGAAGGAGUAAUUAUAGGGCAAAUACCACCUUCUAAAGAUUUAUAAUGCUACAGUGUGUCAGCAGAUCACUUCUGCACCCACAUAACCUGUAUACACUGUGCCCAUUUGUGGGACUGUGGAAUUUACAUCUCAGGCAGGUCAACAAAGGGCAUUAUUUUAAAAUAAAUUGCAGGAGAUGACAGUUAAGGUGUCUCUGUGUCACUUGUAUAUUUGCUUUUAAAAAAAAACUGUCUCUUUGUUUUGAUUUUUAAUUACAUAAGUAAUAUGUCCUAGGAAAUACUGAAAAACAUAAGCAACGAAGGACCCCAGGGAUCGAGUAUUUUUCUCCUGCAGAGAUAACUGCUGCGAACAUUUUGCUACAUGCACUUCAACACUUUUUCUUAGCAAAAAUGGAUUCAUACACCCUAAGCUAAUUGCAACUUGUUUUUUU